AUGCAGGCGGGAAAACUGAGGAGAGCCUCCUGCGUGGGCGAGGGGCAGCACACGGGCGCGCGCGCGCUCACCCUCCUUCCACACGGGUGCUGUGCUUACCCCGUGUUCCAGAUGAGAACCGAGAGCCCUGGAUCAGGAACCAUAGCUGUGGUACCUGGUCCAGUGCUGCUGCUGACUUGUGAUGUAGCCCUGGGGAGUAAACUCUUGCCUGUGCCCUCUUGCUACAGGUCGUCGACCCGACCGGAGGUGGCCAGCAUAGAGCCGCUGGGCCUGGACGAGCAGCAGUGCUCCCAGAAGGCCGUGGUGCAGGCCCGCCUGUCACAACCCACCCGCCUGACCAGCAUCAUCUUUGCAGAGGACAUCACCACCGGGCAGGUCCUGCGCUGCGAUGCCAUAGUCGACCUUAUCCAUGGCAUUCAGAUUGUGUCCACCACCCGGGAGCUCUACCUCGAAGACUCCCCACUGGAGCUGAAGAUCCAGGCUAUGGACUCGGAAGGGAACACGUUCAGCACCCUGGCCGGGCUGGUCUUUGACUGGACGAUUGUGAAGGACACAGAAGCAGACGGAUUCUCAGAUUCACACAACGCCCUGCGGAUCCUCACUUUCUUGGAGUCAACAUACAUUCCUCCUUCCUACAUCUCAGAGAUGGAGAAGGUGGCCAAGCAGGGGGACACCAUCUUGGUGUCCGGUAUGAAGACUGGGAGUUCCAAACUGAAGGCACGCAUUCAGGAGGGGGUCUACAAGAAUGUCCGCCCUGCAGAAGUCAGGUUGCUGAUCUUGGAGAACAUUCUUCUGAACCCAGCAUAUGAUGUCUACCUGAUGGUGGGGACCUCCAUUCGCUACAAGGUGCAGAAAAUCAGGCAAGGAAAGAUCACAGAGCUCACGAUGCCCUCCGACCAGUACGAGCUGCAGCUUCAAAACAACAUCCUAGGUGCUGAGGGGGACCCGGCCUGGCCUGUAGCUGUCCUGGCCCAGGAGACGUCUACUGUCACCGCGUUGCAGCUGGGACAGAGCAACCUUGUCCUUGGUCACAGGAGUAUCCGCAUGCAGGGGGCUUCCAGGUUACCCAACAGCACGAUUUACGUGGUUGAACCUGGAUACCUGGGGUUUACGAUUCACCCUGGUGACCGGUGGGUGCUCGAGACAGGCCGCCUGUAUGAGGUGACCAUCGAUGUGUUCGACAAGUCCAGCAACAAGGUCUACUUGUCAGAGAAUAUCCGGAUUGAAACUGUGCUUCCUCCUGAGUUCUUUGAGGUGCUCUCGUCCUCCCAGAACGGGUCUUACCAUCACGUCAGAGCCAUAAAGAGGGGCCAGACGACCAUCAACGCUGCCCUCACCUCUGUGGUGGACCAGGACGGAGGGGUCCAUAUGUUACGGGUACCUGUGUGGAAUCAGCAGGAAGUGGAAAUUCUCAUCCCCAUCACCCUCUUCCCGAGCAUCUUGACAUUUCCAUGGCAGCCAAAGACGGGUGCCUACCAGUAUACAAUACAGGCCCAUGGUGGGAGUGGGAACUUCAGCUGGUCUUCAUCAAGCUCUGUGGUUGCCACGGUCACUGUUAAGGGCGUGAUGACCACGGGCAGUGACACUGGACUCAGCGUGAUCCAGGCACGUGAUGUGCAGAACCCGCUACAUUUCGGCGAGAUGAAGGUGUAUGUAAUUGAGCCCAGCAACAUGGAGUUCGCCCCGUGCCAGGUGGAGGCGCGAGUGGGCCAGACCCUGGAGCUGCCCCUGAGGAUCAGUGGCCUCAUGCCCGGCGGCGCGAAUGAGGUGGUCACCCUGAGCGACUGUUCCCACUUCGACUUAGUGGUGGAGGUGGAGAGCCAGGGUGUGUUCCAGCCGCUCCCAGGGAGGCUCCAGCCAGGGUCUGAGCACUGCAGUGGCGUCAGGGUGCGAGCUGAGACCCAGGGCUACACCACGCUCCUCGUGAGCUACAAGCACGGCCACAUCCACCUGAGUGCCAGGAUCACCAUUGCUGCCUACCUGCCCCUCAAGGCUGUGGAUCCCUCCUCUGUUGCCUUGGUAACCCUGGGCUCCUCAAAGGAAAUGCUGUUUGAGGGGGGUCCCAGACCCUGGGUCCUCGAGCCUUCUAAGUUCUUCCGGAACGUCACCUCCGAGGACAUGGACAGCAUCAUCCUGGCUCUCUUUGGACCUCCUGCCUCCCGGAAUUACCAGCAACACUGGAUCCUUGUGACCUGUCGGGCCUUGGGCGAACAGGUCAUUGCCCUCUCGGUGGGGAACAAGGUCAGCAUCACCAACCCUUUCCCGGCGGUGGAGCCUGCUGUGGUGAAGUUCGUCUGUGCCCCGCCAUCCAGGCUCACCCUCAUGCCUGUCUACGCCAGUCCGCAGCUGGACCUGUCCUGCCCACUGCUGCAGCAGAACAAGCAGGUGGUCCCAGUGUCUAACCACCGCAGCCCCCUGCUCGACCUGGCCGCCUACGACCAACAGGGCCGCAGAUUCGACAACUUCAGCUCUCUGAGCAUCCAGUGGGAGUCUACCAGGCCACUGCUGGCCAGCAUCGAGCUCAACCUGCCCAUGCAGCUAGUGUCCCAGGAUGAUGGGAGUGGCCAGAAGAAGCUGCACGGUUUGCAGGCCAUCUCGGUGCAUGAGGCUUCGGGAACUACAGCUAUCUCUGCCACCGCAACAGGCUAUCAGCAGUCUCACCUCAGCGCAGCCAGAGUGAAGCAACCGUAUGAUCCUCUUGUGCCCGUGUCGGCCUCCAUUGAGCUGAUUCUGGUGGAAGAUGUGAGAGUGAGUCCAGAGGAAGUGACCAUCUACAACCACCCUGGAGUCCAGGUGGAGCUCCACAUCAGAGAAGGCUCUGGCUACUUCUUCCUCAACACCAGUGUCGCAGACAUCGUCAGGGUGACCUACCAGGAGGCCAGAGGCAUCGCCACGGUGCACCCUCUGCUCCCGGGCACACUCACCGUCAUGAUCCACGACCUGUGUCUGGCCUUCCCUGCCCCGGCCAAGGCUGAAAUUUCCAUCUCGGACAUCCAGGAACUGUACGUCCGGGUGGUUGACAAGGUGGAGAUUGGGAAGAUGGUCAAGGCCUAUGUCCGUGUGCUGGACUUUUACAAGAAGCCAUUCCUGGCCAAGUACUUCACUUUUAUGGACUUGAAGCUCCGAGCAGCCUCCCAGAUUGUCACGUUGGUGGCCCUCGACGAAGCCCUCGACCACUACACUGCCACGUUCCUGGUCCACGGUGUGGCCAUUGGCCAGACCAGCCUGACUGCAGCUGUGACCGACAAAGCCGGACAAAGAAUCAACUCGGCCCCACAGCAGAUAGAAGUCUUUCCCCCGUUCAGGUUGAUACCCAGGAAGGUGACCCUUAUCAUCGGGGCCACAAUGCAGAUCACCUCGGAGGGCGGCCCCCAGCCUCAGUCCAACAUCCUGUUCUCCAUCAGCGACGAGAGCAUGGCAACGGUGAGCAGCACCGGGCUGGUACAGGGCCUCGCCGUGGGCAAUGGGACCGUCACAGGCGUCGUGCAGGCCGUGGAUGCUGAGACAGGCAAGGUCGUCGUAGUGUCUCAGGAUCGUGUGGAGGUGGAGGUGCUGCUUCUCCAGGCGGUGAGGAUCCGAGCCCCCAUCACACGAAUGAGGACAGGGACCCAGAUGCCCGUCUAUGUCACCGGGAUCACCAGCAGCCAGAACCCUUUCUCCUUUGGUAAUGCUGUGCCUGGCCUGACCUUCCACUGGUCUGUCACCAAACGGGAUAUCCUGGACAUUCAGGGUCGGCACCACGAGGCAUCACUCCAGCUCCCAUCGCGGUACAACUUCGCCAUGAACGUGCAUGCCCGAGUGAAAGGCCGUACUGGGCUGAAAGUGGUGGUCAAGGCUCUGGAUCCCACAGCUGGGCAGCUGCACGGUCUUGCCAAGGAGCUCUCCGAUGAGAUCCAAAUCCAGGUAUUUGAAAAGCUGCUGCUGCUGAACCCUGAAAUAGAAGCAGAACAAAUAUUAAUGUCACCCAAUUCAUUUAUAAAGCUUCAGACAAACAGGGAUGGUGCAGCGUCUCUAAGCUACCGUGUUCUGGAUGGGCCCGAGAAGGUUCCUGUCGUGCACAUUGACGAGAAGGGCUUCUUGGUGUCAGGAUCCAUGAUUGGGACAUCCACAGUCGAAGUGAUUGCUCAAGAGCCUUUUGGGGCCAACCAAACCAUCAUUGUUGCUGUUAAGGUGUCCCCUGUUUCUUACCUGAGGAUGUCCAUGAGCCCCGUUCUGCACACGCACAAGGAGGCUCUGGCGGCCCUGCCUUUGGGAAUGACCAUGACCUUCACUGUCCACUUCCAUGAUAACUCUGGAGACAUCUUCCACGCUCACAAUUCGGUCCUCAACUUUGCAACUAACAGAGACGACUUUGUGCAGGUCGGGAAGGGCGCCACCAACAAUACCUGUGUCAUCCGUACUGUCAGCGUCGGCCUGACGCUGCUCAGUGUGCGGGACACGGAGCACGCGGGCCUUGCCGACUUCAUCCCCUUGCCGGUGCUGCAGGCCAUCUCCCCAGAGCUGCCUGGAACUGUGUGGGUGGGGGAUAUCCUCUGCCUAGCCUCUGCACUCAUCAGCUUGGAAGGCCUCUCGGGGACCUGGAGCUCCUCAGCCAACAGCAUCCUCCUCAUCGACCCCAAGACAGGCGUGGCCGUGGCCCAGGAUGUAGGAUCUGUGACCGUUUACUACGAGGUGGCCGGGCACCUGAGGACCUACAAGGAGAUCACGAUCGGUGUCCCUCCGAGGAUCGUGGCCCGUCACGUCCGCGCUGUCCAGACUGGCUCCCAGGAGGUCACAGCCUCCAGAGUGACCAUCGCCUUGGGAGACAGAAGCUCUAACCUGAUAGGCGAGUGCACUCCUGCCCAGAUGGAUGUCAUCAAGAGUUUGCACCCUGAGUCCCUCAUCAGCUGCCAGCUCCAGUUCAAGUGGGAUGUCUUUGACUUCCCGGCACGGGACAUCUUCACUGCAGAACCCAGGUUUGACGCAGCUCAGGGCCAGUACUUCUGUGCCAUCAUGAUGCACAGGCUGACGGACAAGCAGCAGAAGCACCUCAGUAUGAAGAAGACACCUCUGGUGGUCACAGCCUUCCUGUCCGGCGGCUCCUCUGGAGAGCAGGUGGGGGCCGAGGUGCCCUUCAGCCCAGGGCUGUAUGCUGACCAGGCAGAAAUCCUGUUGAGCAACCACUAUACCAACUCCGAGGUCAAGGUCUUUGGUGCCAUGGAGAUCCUGGAGAACCUGGAGGUGAAAUCCGGCUCCCCUGCUGUACUGGCCUUCGUGAAGGAGAAGUCUUUCGGACUGCCCAGCUUUGUCACGUACACGGUCAGCAUCUCCGACCCCGCGGCCGGCAGCCAGGGGCCCCUGUCCACUGCCCUGACCUUCUCCAGCCCCGUGACCAACCAAGCCCUUACCCUUCCGGUCACCGUGGCGUUUGUGAUGGAUCACCGUGGACCCGGUCCUCAUGGGGCCACCCUCUUCCAGCAUUUCCUGGACUCCUACCAGGUCAUGUUCUUCACGCUCUUUGCCCUGCUGGCUGGGACCGCUGUCAUGAUCAUAGCCUACCACACAGUCUUCACCCCCCGAGAGCUCGCCGCCGUGCCAGCCUUCUCACCCACAGCCAGCCCGCGGCACAGCCCCAACUAUUUUGCUGCCUCAUCACCACCGUCUUUCAACGCACUGCCUCCUGGUCGCAAAGCCAGCCCUUCCUCAGGCCUCUGGAGCCCAGUAUAUGCCUCCCAUUAG